GCCUCGGGUCCUGGAGGUGGGAGAGGCUGGUCCACCAGGCUACAUGAGGAGGGUAACAGUCAGGAGAGGAUCAGAUGACUCAUCCUCCACACCUGUUAAAGGAUUUGCUGGAGCACCAGGAUACAACCCCACAUAAGCCGAGAAGCCAUUCUCCUUCAACAAACAUGAGACCAGCCCCCUCUAUCCCAGUAGCUGCCAAGGUCCCCUGGAACCCAGCGUCACAGACCCCACUAGUCACACCAGUGUCUUCAGACAGUAGUUUCCUGGCAGACCCCUUCUCCUUCUCUGCUGGGCUGACCACUCAGUUCUCUGGGGAGUUUGGAACCAUCCUCUUCAACAAGGUGCUGGUCAACGAUGGAGGACAUUACAACUCUCACACAGGUAUCUUCACGAUACCGAUGGAAGGGCGUUACCUGAUCUCAGGAGUUCUGAUGGCUCGGCAGGGGAAGGGACUGGAGGCUGUUUUGUCUGUCUCCAACCGUAGUGUCCAUAGGCUGAUGAGCUCCGCAUCUGGAGCAGGGACAGUGGCCCAGGACAGUUGUCCCUGUGGAGGCUCUGUCUCAUUCAGCCUGAUCCUGUCUCUGAGGCAAGGGGACCACGUAGCUCUGGUCCGGACCGCAGGGCAGCUGGCCACCACAGAGUCCAGAGACAUCCUAUCAACAUUCAGCGCCAUCUUCCUCUAUGCCCCGCAGCCAAUCACCAGAUAGUUACCACUGGGCCAACCAAUCACACAACAAGGACUUGGUCAUGUACAUUCCACAACCAAUCAGAAAGCAGGAAUACAUUUAAACAGACACCAGAAAUCCAAUCACCUGCAACCCUGCAGUUGUUCAGAAUAAUGAUUUUUAUCAUAGAUAUAGAUAUUCACCAUGUAAAAAGUAAUUCUAUGCUUGCCUUUUUACUGAACAAUUAUGCCAAAGAUAUAAAAAAAAUAUUAAGUGUUAAUUCAUGUAUUUGACAAUAUAGAUAUGUUUUUUUUCUACCUUUUUGUUUAAAGACAUUUUCCUAAAUUAACAUUUAUACAAUUAUAUAUGUACUUUUCUUUCUUUAAAAAAAUGUCAGUGGGAAGAGACCACCAUAUAGUUUAUUCAGUAUUCCAUACCACAUCCUGUUUAGAUUAAUCUGUUUUACAGGUUAUUCAGUAUUCCAUACCAAAACACUGUUACCAUUAGUAAAACAGUAGGGUUGAUUCCUUCCUUCACGUAUGUUGUCAAUAAACCCAUUUGAAGAUU